UCAUAGGCCCCGCCUCCCAGUGACGUCGCUACACGGAAGCAAAACAGCCUGUCCAGUCCACACGUUGUUUCUGUCGGUUGAAUUGUUCUGAAUACAUUUUCCUGUCAUUCAUAUACAUAUUCAAACAAACGCAGAUGUCUGCUCCGCCAGCAGAGGAGCUGGUCAAACAGUGGGAGAGUGUGCAGGCUCGUCUGAGACAGCAGGUGGUGGAGGAGGACACUGAAGACUGGCAGAUGACUCCAGGCUUCUCUGGCCUGGAGAGAGUCGGUGGAGUGGACCUCUCCUUCAUCAAAGGGGAUGACGUCAAUGCCUGCGCCCAGCUUGUAGUGCUCAGCUACCCCGACCUGGAGGUGCUGUAUGAGGACAGUCAGAUGGUGACUCUGACAGCCCCCUACAUAGCUGGUUUCCUGGCCUUCAGAGAAACCCCCUUCCUCCUGGAGGCUCUGCAGCAGCUGCAGAGGAAGCAGCCCACACUUCUUCCUCAGGUGGUGUUUGUGGAUGGGAACGGUCUCUUCCACUACAGAGAGUUCGGCCUGGCGUGUCAUCUGGGAGUGCUAUCAGGACUGCCGUGUGUGGGCGUGGCCAAGAACCUGCUGCAGGUGCAGGGGGUGAACAAGGAUGAGGAGCACCAGUCGCAGAUCGCUGCUCUGCAGAAAGGAGGAGACAGCUUCCCACUCACUGCUGCCUCAGGCAAAGUGCUCGGAAAGGCGCUGCGUAGCUCUGAUAAGAGCUCCAAGCCAGUUUACGUGUCCGUGGGCCACAAGAUCAGCCUGGAUACAGCUGUACGCCUCACACACUCCUGCUGCCGCUACCGGGUCCCCGAGCCCAUCAGACAGGCCGACUGUCGCUCCAGAGAAUACCUACGCAUACACUUCUCACCUGCAGACACAGAAAUCAGAGAAUGAGGUUGAUGACAGAAAGGAUCUCAAGAACGUUAACACCAGCAUCUGCAGCAGCUUUGUGCUACUUCCAUUAAUGUGUGUGUUUGUGUGUAGGUGUGUAUGUGUGUGUGUGUGUGUGUGUUUGUGUGUGUGUGUGUGUGUGUGUGUGUGUGUGUGUGUGUGUGUGUUUGUGUGUGUGUGUGUGUGUUUCUUUCUGACCCCUCUUUAAUGAACUGUGGUUAAGACUUGGUUUCAGGUUUAGUUUUAAGUUUAGCUUUGGGUUAGGGUAAGAGUUAGAAAUUUAGAUGUGAUGGUUAAAGUUAGGGUUAGGGGCUAGGGAAUGAAUAAUGCCAAUGGGUGUCCUCACUAGGAUAGAAGUACAAACAUUUUUGUGUAUGUGGUGUGUGUUUGUUUGUGUGAGACAGAAAAAGUACUUUGUCAAUCAUGUGCUUUUAAAACCACUACUAUUUUAGUCUGGGCCAGAAGACACUAUCAGAUUAAUUGAACCUUUUUAAGCACUCGCCCCAUAUCUAAACUGGAUAUGGGUCAGAUUGGCUCUUUUUAUACACUGUUCUCAUUACAUUUUUGGGUCACUCAGCUUUUUAAACUGGGAGCCUUGUGGAUAAAUCAUAAUUGUCCCUGACCUGCUUCAGAGUGGUCGUCUGUUAAUAUCCGAGAGGUGUUUGAGUGGUGCUUUUUGUUCAGUUAUACAGAGAGCUUUUCCCAUGUGGCUCGUUGUGGGAAGAGCAAACACAGUAACACAAAAUCAGUCACGGGCCUUGUGUAUGAUGUGUCACUGCGUGUGUCUCUUUAAAAUGAGUCAGACCUAGCAGCAGGUGCUGCUUUGCCAGGCUGGUCCCGGCGAGGCGGCAAGCGGAAGAGAAGAGCAGGGAGUAAGGGGGCUGACUCUGCAUGAUGCUGUCCAGGAAUAGAAGUGGUCAGAUGGGGCAGUAUUGAUCAGCACGAGGGGUCAGAAGAUCAGCUGUCAGAGACCGCAGGCUGAUCUCGCGUCGUACAGUGAUGUACAGUGUGGGACACAAGGAACAUAAUGUAUUUACAGUAUGAAGAGAUUGUGACCAUUGGGAACAGAGUGCAGAUUAUAACUCACUCCAUAAAUCAGUGUUUUUUUAGUGCUCAACCAAUCAGGAGUCAGUGUCAGGGGUCAAUCAUGAUGUUUCCCGCUAUUUUUAUUGCAACAGUAAUUAAAAACAUUUUCGUUAGAGUAAUGAACACUGGAACAUACAUCAGUGUGAUAAGAACUAAUAAUAAUAAUAAGAAGAAGUCCUUUAUUCGUCCUGCAAUGGGAAAAUUUGCAGUGUUACAGCAUCACAUCAAGCAGUUACAUGCAGUACUUGGGUGAAGGAAUAUAAAGAAAUGGAAAUAGACAACAAUAUAUAUAUAAAAAAAAUUACAGUUAGCAUUUAUUUAGAUACACUUUUAAUCUUCCCAGAGUGAGCCAAAAGUUAGUUUUUUGGGGGUUUUGAAGUUACAAUCUCAUAAUUUGUAUGGAAGUUUAAUUGUCAAAACUCCCUUUCAUGCCUGUACUUAUCUUUAAGUUGCAGGUCCAAUCUCCACCCACCACAAGUCAUGAAAAGCUCAUCAUUAAGAAGUAUUGAUGUCACCAGAUUUUACAUAGUGAUAUAUAACCUCUUCAUUAGACCUCUGCUUUAAUAGUCUCUGUGAAGAACUGACACUCAAACUAAGAAUCCGACGGCUUCCUCCUCUUCUGUUUUCCCAUUGCGUGAUCCCACCAUCUUCCCUUCCAUCUCUGCUCUCCCUCUCUGAGUCUCAGUGUCCCUGAUCAGUAAAAUCUUGGUGGACAUCUUUGCUCCUUCGUUAUUUCGAGGCUGAAGACUUUGACAGAGGGCAGAGAUCCUGCCGUCCUCUCCCACAGCUCUGCCACUGCUCUCUCGGGUCUCCUCCAUUCUCUCACUCGUUAUUUUAGUUUGUCUCAGCUUUAACAUUUUAUUAUUUGCUCAUUGCGUCCCUGAUCUCUGUCACUUGCUGUGAAACCGAAUAAGCUCAUUCCAUUCUGCAAGAAAUUGUUAUUGACAGAAGCAAUGACGUUUAUGAAGGCACAUGCACUUCUCUGUGAGAUGGGGAGCAGUGACAUCUCCUCCACAUGUCAAAGUGGAGUAAAAACCAAAACCAUCAUGAGUGAAAACCAAAACCAUCAUGAGUGAAAACCAAAACCAUCAUGAGUGAAAACCAAACCUUAACGAGGAAUAAAAAAUACAAAAGCUGAAAUCUUUGCGACAAACUCUACUGAUCCAUCUGAAAUGAAGCCAAACAAAGGAGGGUGAGCAAGAAAGUGGUGACAGGCAGCUGUGGUAAUCUGUAAAGAGGGGUUCAUGUCUCUUUUGAUUUGAUACUACCACUUCCACAGUCUGCAGAGGCCAAGUCUGACUAACGGGAUGUGGGCUACAGGUACAUGAGCCUGCCAUCGAUCACGUCUCACCCCUAACUCUGCAGAACCCCUUCUGCUUUGUGGCCUGUCAACUCGUCCGUAAUCCCCAUCGCUACUGGGAUCUAAAACAUCUGAGCGAGUAGCCUACUCUCUGAAAAGGGAUGGACAAAGAUUUGGAUUGUUCAAUCGCACGGUGGAUAUAUGUCUCUUACUGUUGGAUAAAUACAAACCAGCCAUAUGAUGUUUCUCCCAGUUUCAAAACGGUAACGUGUGCAGCCAGACCGGUCUUACACAACGAUGUGGAGGUAGAUCUGUGAUUCAAUACUCUUUGAAAAUAAACACGAAGGAGAGGUUAAAAGAAAUCCUCCACAAAGGUGAAUUGCCUGAAGUUAUAUUGGAAUACAUUUUUUUCACUUUAUUUACUUUGUGUAUUAACGUCAUCUAUUCCUUCAACAUUUCCCACAAUGCACUGAAAGUUAGGUCAGAAACAUAUUGGUAAUGUGUAUCUACAAUGUGUAUCUGUUUUUUAUGCUUGUUACCACAUGGGGUUCAUGUUCAUGUGACUCAGAGCCACUGAAACUCGUCUGCACUUUGGUUCACUGUUUUGUUCCUCAUUAAUGUCAAUUUCUUAAAAUUAAAUCAAUAAGGAUUUAUAUAAUUUAGCACCAAAAUAAAUUGCAGUCAAUUCUGAUUUCAAAUCCCAUCUAUUUAAAUCAAGUCCAAAGUCAACCAACAGGACAAGUAGGUUGAUGAAGUUCUGCUUAAUGGACACUAUAUUUGACUAUGGUUUCCAUUUGCCUUCUUUACACCAAAAUAUUUGUAGCUGUCCUCGACAUCUGCCGAGAUGAGUUCUGGUUCAGUUGUGAACCAGAACUCACUAGAGCUGUGUUCUAGUAGCUCGCUUCUCAUCAGGAUGCCCUCGUUCCCCAGCACCUGACACAGACCCCAUGUUGAGCUGAUAUGAGUCUUUAUCUGCUUUAAUAUAAAGGGCUCAAACUAGAUUGAAGCUGCGCAAAACUGUGCCUGCAUGUGUGUGUUAGUGUAUGCGUGUGUACCUCAUUUUUGUGAUUAAAAUUUAAUUCAAGCUU